AUGCCUUCGUUAAAUUGGAAGCACUAUACAGCUAUAUUUGCUUCUGUUUCUGGAAUGCCGGUUUUCUGUUAUUGGUACUAUAGCUUACCGCAUGUAGUAGAUCGAUUUACUGAGAAAUGGAUGAUAGAAGAACCGGAAAGAGAUAACCAAGAGUUUCAUGCAUUCAUGAAAGAGCUAUCAACAAUGAAACAGCAAGCUGAUCAUGAAGAAUUGAUUAGGAAAGUUGCGAUUGAGGAGGCACGAAGAAAUACAUUGCGCCAAUGA